AUGGACAUUAUCUCACCAUACGCCCCCGCAUGGGACGAGUUUCUCAAAGAGGUCGGCGGUUCAAUGCUCAUGACCGGCACCACAGUAGAGCAACUUUUCAAAGACUCAGAAGUUAACGCGGAGAAGAUAAUCUCCAGAUAUGAAAUCCCGCCUCCCGACACUUCAGUCACCACCGAGGACAUAACCCUUCAAGAUUGCUGGGUGCGGGUCUACACUCCACCGUCACCAAAGAGCACUGAGUCAGUCGCCAUGUUCAUCCACGGCGGCGGGUGGAUCAUGGGAAGUCCCGAUAUCGAAGAUGCCGUCUGUCGACGGAUCAGCAAGAUAAGCGGUAUGAAAGUGGUCAGUGUUGGGUAUCGACUAGCACCCAAAUAUAAAUUCCCCAUUGGUCUCGACGACUGUGUACAAGCAACCCUGUGGACGCUUGGCCACUUCCCAAUCUCCUCUGUGGUACUCACGGGAGGUUCAGCCGGUGCAAAUCUUGCUUUCGGUGUUGCCCUGAGACUCAUCGAUGCAGGCCUUGGAGAUAAAGUGAAGGGUAUUCUAGCUUUGGUUCCCGCAACAGUUCACCCCGAUGCAGUCCCCGACGACAAGAAUGAGCACUACACUUCGUUAACUGAGAAUGCGAACUAUUCAGUGAAUACCUUGGCUUCAAUGAACUGCUUCUUGGAGAGUUAUAGUGCCCCUCCCCGGGACAAGUAUUUCUCUGUUCUCCUUCAUCCCCGUCUCCAUGAUUUGAAGAAGGUCUACAUUGUUGAAUGUGGAACUGAUACCCUGAGAGAUGAUGCGAGAUUGAUGAGGGAAGCAUUGGAAAAUGUUGGUGCGUCUGUUAUGUAUGAUGCUUAUCCCGGUUAUCCUCAUUAUUUCUGGGCAUAUCCAUCUCCAGUGCUGGCGGAGGCAUCUGAAUUCUUUCAUGCAAACAUGUUCCGAGCACUAGAGUGGCUUGAUUCUGAAUAA